AUGCGAGCUUGUUGUGUUAGUGUGUGCCCCAGCUCAUGUGGCAAGCGAGCCUGUACAGACCAAAACGAGUGUUGCCACCCCGAGUGCCUGGGGAGCUGCACGGCACCCGACAACAACACGGCGUGCGUGGCCUGCCGCAACUACUACUACGAGGGAGUCUGCAUGCCCACCUGCCCUCCCAACACCUACAAGUUCGAGGGCUGGCGCUGCGUGACCAAAGAGUUCUGCUCCAAAGUCCCUGCCACCGAAACAAGUGAAUACGAGAGGUUUGUGAUUCACAAUGAUGAGUGCAUGGCAGAGUGUCCCUCCGGAUUCAUACGCAAUGGGAGCCAAAGCAUGUUCUGCAGUCCUUGUGAGGGGCCUUGCCCCAAGAUCUGUGAGGACGGAAAAACAAAGACCAUUGACUCUGUCACAUCGGCACAAAUGUUGCAGGGAUGCACGAUUCUCAAGGGAAAUCUGCUGAUCAACAUCCGUCGUGGAAAUAACAUCGCCUCAGAACUGGAGAAUUUUAUGGGUCUGAUUGAGACAGUAACAGGGUACGUAAAGAUUCGUCAUUCCCAUGCGUUGGUCUCCCUGUCUUUCCUGAAGAACCUGCGGUAUAUUCUGGGAGAGGAACAAGUGGAUGGGAAUUAUUCCUUCUACGUGCUUGACAACCACAAUCUUCAGCAGCUGUGGGACUGGAACCAUCAUAACUUGACGAUCAAGGAGGGGAAGAUGUACUUUGCAUUUAACCCUAAACUCUGUGUUUCUGAGAUUUACCGUAUGGAGGAAGUUUCAGGAACCAAGGGGCGACAGAGCAAAGGAGAUAUAAAUCCAAGGAACAAUGGGGAGAGAGCCUCUUGUGAAAGCCACAUUCUGCGUUUUGUUUCCAACACUACACUCAAGAAUCGGAUUAAACUGACAUGGGAACGGUAUCGCCCUCCAGAUUAUAGAGAUCUCAUUAGCUUCACUGUUUACUACAAGGAAGCACCAUUCAAAAAUGUGACAGAGUACGAUGGACAAGAUGCGUGUGGCUCCAAUAGCUGGAACAUGGUUGAUGUUGACCUGCCACCAAACAAAGAGAACAAUCCUGGAAUUCUACUGCAGGGACUGAAACCUUGGACUCAAUAUGCCAUUUAUGUCAAGGCUGUUACCCUCACAAUGAUGGAAAAUCAUCAUAUUCAUGGAGCAAAAAGUGAAAUUGUAUAUAUCCGAACCAAUGCUGCAGUGCCAUCCAUUCCCUUAGAUGUUAUUUCAGCAUCCAAUUCCUCAUCCCAGCUGAUUGUGAAAUGGAAUCCUCCCUCUCUUCCCAAUGGCAACCUCUCGUACUACAUCGUACGAUGGCAGCAGCAACCUCAGGACAGUUACCUUUACAGACACAAUUACUGCUCCAAAGAUAAAGUCCCAAUUCGAAGAUAUGCUGAUGGGACCAUUGAUACAGAAGAAGCUACUGAACCCACCAAGCCAGAGGGCUGUGGGGGAGAAAAAGGACCUUGUUGUGCUUGUCCCAAGACAGAGGCAGAAAAGCAAGCUGAGAAGGAGGAAGCAGAGUACCGCAAAGUCUUUGAGAACUUCCUUCACAACUCCAUCUUUGUCCCCAGACCCGAUCGGAAGCGGAGGGAUGUGUUCCGAAUCGCAAAUGCCACUUUGGCCACUCGGAACAGGAACGCGACCGGGACAGAUCACUUCACCAAUGUUUCUGACGCAGAGGAGAGUGAGGUGGAAUACCCCUUCUUUGAGACCAAAGUGGAUGGCAAGGAGAGAACUGUCAUCUCCCAUCUCCAACCUUUUACUCUUUACCGCAUUGAUAUUCACAGCUGCAACCAUGAAGCCGACACACUUGGUUGUAGCGCUUCCAACUUCGUCUUUGCAAGAACCAUGCCUUCAGAGGGAGCAGAUAACAUUCCAGGAACAGUAGCAUGGGAAGCAAAAGAGGAAAAUACCGUCUACCUGAAGUGGUUAGAGCCUGCAAACCCCAAUGGGCUGAUACUAAUGUAUGAAAUCAAAUACGGGCAGCACGGAGAGGAGAAGCGGGAAUGUGUUUCCAGGCAGGAAUACAAGAAGCUUGGAGGAGCUAAACUAACCCACCUGAACCCUGGAAACUAUUCUGCUAGAGUCCAGGCCACUUCAUUAGCUGGAAAUGGGUCAUGGACUGAGCCAGUCUCUUUCUAUGUGCAACCCAAAUCAGCAAACUAUGGGAACUUCCUGCACUUGAUAAUUGUGCUCCCUAUUGCUUUCCUGCUCAUCAUUGGGGGAUUGCUGAUAAUGCUGUACGUCUUUAACAAGAAGAGGAACAGUGACAGGCUGGGCAAUGGAGUGCUGUAUGCUUCUGUGAACCCCGAGUACUUCAGCGCUUCAGACGUGUAUGUUCCAGAUGAAUGGGAGGUGCCGCGUGAGAAGAUCACCAUGUGUCGGGAGCUUGGUCAAGGCUCCUUUGGAAUGGUGUAUGAGGGAAUAGCCAAGGGAGUGGUGAAGGAUGAGCCAGAGACCAGGGUGGCCAUCAAGACUGUCAAUGAGUCUGCAAGUAUGCGUGAGAGGAUAGAGUUCUUAAAUGAGGCCUCGGUGAUGAAGGAGUUCAAUUGUCACCAUGUGGUUCGGCUGCUUGGUGUUGUUUCUCAGGGCCAGCCUACACUGGUUAUCAUGGAGCUGAUGACGCGUGGGGACCUCAAAAGUUACCUGAGAUCAUUGAGGCCAGACACAGAGAAUAAUCCUGGCCAGGCCCCUCCCACUCUGAAGAAGAUGAUUCAGAUGGCAGGAGAGAUUGCUGAUGGGAUGGCAUACCUCAACGCCAACAAGUUUGUUCACAGGGACCUUGCUGCGAGAAACUGCAUGGUGGCAGAAGACUUCACAGUGAAGAUUGGAGAUUUUGGCAUGACAAGAGAUAUCUACGAGACAGAUUAUUACCGUAAAGGAGGGAAAGGUUUGCUGCCUGUCCGCUGGAUGUCCCCAGAAUCACUGAAGGAUGGAGUCUUCACCACGCACUCCGAUGUCUGGUCUUUCGGUGUCGUACUCUGGGAGAUCGCGACGUUAGCGGAGCAGCCCUACCAAGGCAUGACCAAUGAGCAAGUGCUCCGCUUUGUGAUGGAAGGAGGCCUGCUGGAAAAACCAGACAACUGUCCUGAUAUGCUGUUUGAACUGAUGCGCAUGUGCUGGCAGUACAACCCCAAAAUGAGGCCCUCCUUCCUGGAAAUCAUCGGUAGCAUUAAAGACGAGCUGGACCCAGCGUUCAAAGAGGUCUCCUUCUUCUACAGUGAAGAGAACAAGCCUCCGGACACAGAGGAGCUUGACCUGGAGACUGAAAACAUGGAGAGCAUUCCUUUAGAUCCCUCCUCCACCCUCCAACCCACUGACAAGCACUCAGGACACAAAGCCGAGAACGGCCCAGGCGUGGUGGUGCUUCGGGCCAGCUUCGAGGAGCGACAGCCGUACGCACACAUGAACGGGGGACGCAAGAACGAGAGGGCCUUACCGCUGCCCCAGUCGUCGGCCUGCUGAUCCUUAACAGCCAGAAUCUCACAGCACGGAGCAGCACCUGCAUUGGGGGAAGGAAGAAAGGAAAUCACAGUGUGUUCAAACAGCCUACUGUACCUCAGUGGAUCUUCAGAACUGCCAUAGCUGCACUUGGGAGAACCCUUUUUUUCAGUAAAACAAGUUGUCGUGUUUUUCUUUUUCCGAUAUGCAAGCAGAUGUUUGUUUCAGUCCAGGACUCCAUUCAUGGGGCGCACAGUUGGCCUUUUAAAACUCUGGUGUUAACACUUCAUAGCAACAGAAAACUUGAGAUCUGAUGUCUCUCUCUCUCUCUCUCUCUCUCUCUCUCUCUCCUUUCUCUCUCUUUUCUUUCUGUCUCUCUCUCUGCUUCACAAUGGGAAACAUAUCUGCGUGCAAGUUCAACCGUACAGCACUUUUAUCAGAUCAAAGAUAGCGCAGGCCGGGGGGGCUCCGGGACCCUCCAAGCACCUGCCUGACACUGUAGGUCUUUAU